AUGGAUAGAAAUAGAUGGGCUGGAUUAUUGAGAAAUUGCAAUAGAUCCCUGCUUUCUUUCCAAGUAUAUGCAAACCAUCAGUAUUCAGAAAAGGAGAGUACCCAGGAAAUAGAAAACCUUAUUCUAAAAGAUAUUCCAGUAAUUAUUCGCGAAAGAGUUGAGAAUUACACUAAAAAGAGCCUUAUUCCUCAGAAUUCGUCUUUGAAAAGUCAAAUAUUUUUAGAAAAGGAUGUAAUUAAGACAAUUUCGAGUUGCUUUCAAGUAGAUUCGGAAGAAGCUUGCCGAAUUUUUAGGGGGUUUAAUUACAUAAGAGAAGGUGGCUUUAUUAUAAGGUUUACAAAUACAGAUGAUCAGUUUCUAUCAAAAGAAACUACAACAGAAAACGGAGGUGAUUCUUUAAGUAAACAUAGUACUGGAGUAAAUACUGGAGGAGUUUUGGACUGUUUUUUUUCCGAUGUGGACUUAAUGAGCAAAAUAUACGACUUUAUAUUACAUGAACAACUUUCACUAUUAGAUUCAGUGAAGUUUAUGUACGAAAAUGCAAACUUUGAAAAGGAACACUCAGGUUUUGGAACAAUUUUAAAAAAAGCUUGCUUUGGAGAAGUACUUUGGGGAAAAUACCAGGAUUAUUCAACUAAAGAAACAGCUGAAAAGUAUUCUUCCUCGUUCAAUCUAUUAGAUGAGCUUUGGAGAUGGUAUUGCAGAUUAGUUAAUGACCAGUUUGUUGAGUUUGAUGACCCAGAAUUGGAAAGAAUCUUUGGAGGUACUUUAUUACAAAGCUAUUCUAGGCAACUUCUGGAGUCUAAUCUACUACAUACCAUUUUAGUAAUUCUUCAAGCUCAAAAGGGAUAUAUAAGUAACUUGCCAGGGAUUCAAAAAAAAUUGGAAACAGAAAUCAAUGCAAUUGCAGAUAACAACCUUUCAUUUAAGGAUUCUCUUUCAAAGUCCUCACCUCUGAACAGGUGUAGACUCAUUAUUUCAGAACUUCAGUCAAAGUGCUUCCUUGGAAGUCUGUAUACUCUUUAUUCUUCAAACAAUGGAGUUGGUAUAGGGCAACUCACAUUAUGCGAUAGCAACUUAGCUCAUUCUACAUCUAUGGUAGAUCAACUUAGACAAACUGCCUCAAAUGGAGUUCUUUUAGCAAGCUCUCUGAUACUUUCACUCUCACCAAAGGAGAUCACAAUUAAAAAUGAAGACUUGGGGUUUUUAAUUAAUGUUGUAAUAACUUUAUUAGAAUCUCUCUGUUCAAAUGAUUCAGGAGAGGUUUUGUGUAAAAUUCAAGAUGAAAAGUAUAACUUUUCUACACCUUCAAGAGCUAGAGCAACCACAUUUGGUGGAAAUUCCCAAAAACAGCUAUUUGUGAGAGGAAACUUACUUUUGGUCCACGCUAAAGUCGUAAAGCCUUUGUUGCCUGCUCUAAUAUUUAGUUAUGCCUCCAUAGUUGUGCAAACCCCAAAUAGAGAUUCACUUUUGGCUCCUAUUCUUGGCACUCCGUCAUUUUUUCAAUCUUCUGCAUUUUCUGACUCUUUGGAGAAUAUUCUUCACGCUCUCAAUUCCCAACAUCCUCUCAAGCAAUAUAUUUCAGUUUCAUUUCUUUCAAGUUCUGAAUCGGAAAAUAAGACAACUCAAAACAUAUCGUUUGACUUAGAGGAUUCUUGGACUUCGGAAGAUUUAAUUAACAGUGGUAAUAGGAAAAACAUAAUUCUAGGAGAGACUUUUGGAACAUAUUACCAGUAUUUGGUUUUAUAUAGUAUAAUCAGGAACACUAUUUCAACAUUUUCAUUAAAAGCACUACCUUUUGUUGCAAGAAUUUCGAAGCAUCUAAGCUUCCUACUUAGAAAAGAACCCAGAUUGGUAUACAGGGAAUGCUGGAGAGGAGACUAUUUCAGACAAAUUGGAGUUCAUUUAAUCAUUGAAUUAUUCAUUUCUUCGUUCCCAUAUGGAAUUGUUGAAUUUCUUGAUCUUUUAAAUAGUCUUGUUCCUGACUUUAAUUCAGUUUCAAAAUUUAAUCAAGCUGAUGUUGAUAUGGCUAAACAAUCCUUCAAGCUUUUUAUGACUUUUUUGAGAACCCCUAUAAAAAAUAUAUCAUUCCCUCCAUACCUUUCUUCGCUUGGACUAUCUCCUAUUCCUAUAAACCACUGGAAUCCAGAUUCAGUCCGUAAUGGUUCUGAAUUUCCUGAGCUUCCGUUGCAUUUGGAAGUAUCGUGCUUAGAAACUCCAAGUUUGGCUCUGGGAGCAUCUUUUUCUCAAGCAUCACUGACAGGAACUCUCGAAGGCUGUUUGUUGGACUUUUUGGAAAUAAAAAUCAACGAUGUAACUCCUCUUUCUGCUGGAUUCCCAAAUGCAAGAAAGUGUCUGACGCCGCUUAGAGUUCUUCCUAUUGGAGUUGCAGAGCCUGUUCCUCUAAAGUCACUUUUAAUCGAAAACUCAGAAACAAGUUUCUCUUCGCCUCUUUGGUCAAACUCACCUUAUGGAACUUCCUAUGAUUUUCCUGAAGUCGAAAUGCCUCCAUAUUAUCACAUUCACAAUACAAGAAACAAAAAACAAGAAAGGAGUGAAAAAAAUAGAGGUUUCAAUAUUGAUAUUAAUGAACUUAGGCUUCCUUCCGAGCUUAGUAACAACUCGGCAGAAAUCAAGCUUGGAGAUUUGGACCCUUUCACAAUAAAGUUCUGUUGUAAAAACAUUCAGAAUCCUGAUUCUUUGCCAUCACUACUUAAAAUCUUACUGCUGAUUUGGGAAUCUAUUGGCCUUUCAUUGUCUCAGCUUGGAGGAAAUUUGAUAAAGCCUCAGAUUGAAAUGUUGGUUUCCAUAAGCGAACUUAUAUACAGACUUGCAUCAUUCCACCCAUCAAUUAUAUUUGUUCUUGACCAAGAAAUAUUCUCAUGGAAUGUAUUAAUCCCAAAUGUCUCCCAACAAGGAUUAAAAGCCUCUUCUAGAUUUGGACUCUUGACAAUAAAAACCAUUCAAAUGCUCAAGGGAAUUUCCUCUCUAAUUAGUAACAAGAAUAAUGGAGAAGAAACUAUAUCAGUUACUUUCCAUACGCUUCCAAGACUAUUUAACCUUCUUCAGAUCUCUCUACAGCCUAUUGACCUGCUUUCCAUAGACGACGCAGUACAUGGUAAUUUUUUAAAGCUUCAAGCUGGUUUUAAAGAGUUCAAUAGAGAUAAUAAACAAGUUAAAAAGCAAUUAAAGCCAUCGGUUUUUGUAUCCCCUUGGAACCAUAUGCCUCACGAAAUUCCUAUGUAUUGGCUUGUUCCUUUGCUGCUCUCAUGUGUUAGUUCAAAAAGUCUUGUAGAUCCAGCUUCACAAAAAGAUGCAAGCUACUAUUCUCCACUACUUAAGGGAGUCCAGGGCUUUAACUUUGACGAGCUUUUUAAUCUGGUAUCAAAGUCUCUGGAAAUUGUCGAAAAACAGCUGAAAUCAUAUCCAAUUACUGCACAGAUCCUUGAAUUUGUUAUGAAUCUCUUAAACUUUUGUCCAGCUUCAUUUUGGGGUCUUGGAUGGGAUAGGCAUGCAAGACUUUUAUUUACCACUUUGGAGGAAUAUAGCUAUGGUUCAUCAACAACUAAUAAAAUCAUUAGAGAUAUCCACCUUCUAAUUAAUGACUGCAUCAUAUAUCAACAAUGCUCGGAAGAGGUAGAGCAGCAGAGAGAUUUGUUUAGCUUUUUUAGUAGGAUUUCACACUUUUCAAUUCACACGGUUCUUUCCAGAAUUUCAAGCUGGCAGUUUAAUUUAGAAUCAGAGAGAAACUUACUAUUUCUACGUUCACUAUCAGUUUUCGGAUUACUUCUAAACUCAAUGGACUCUGCAACACUAAUCAAAUCUGAUGAGGAUUAUGAACAAUUAAACAGAAAUAUGAUCAAACCCGAAUUCAAAGAUGGUAAUUCUUACAGCCUAAAAGAUGUCAUUCCCAGCAUUUCUGGAAUUACAUCAUCUAAUCAUCGAGCUACUAUAGCUACUCUUUUAAAACAUAUUACUGAAACUGGCCUAAUACCUUCCUUGCUUACAAUACUCUCUUGCGAGUAUAGUAUUCAUUCCCAAUCAUUUAGGAGAUCACGGUAUUCACAGAUAGCUAAAGACGAAUUGAAUGACAUUCCUGCUCCCUGGGAAUUACUUAUUUCAAACUCGAUAAUUGCUCGUGCAAUGGAAAAGAAUGAUUCUCUUUCUUGUACACUUGCUCUCCAUCUUCAACAUUCAAAUUCUCAGGUUAUGUUUCUAGACAAACUCCUCAUACCUACUUUUGAGUGCAGUAAUAUUCUCCCUAAUCGAAGUGGAGAAUUGUUCUCUUCCCCUGAUGUAAUAGUUGCUCAGCAGGUUGUAACUGAAGUUCUCAAGGUAAUUCAAAAGCUACUUAAUUCAGUUGCUGAUCUUCAAACCAACUCAGAUUUACUUUGUUCUUUAAGAACAGCUCUAGUUCAGUGGAUUCUAUCUUCUUCGCCAAACCAAAACUCCCAGAUUUCAAAGAGCCUACUUGACUCUCCAAAGUUUAGUUGGUCAGAUACUGACAUUAUUGCACAGAAUAUAUACUCAAAAAUAUCUUUUCUUUAUUUGUCAAAGAAGCCUGUAAUGAAUUUGGUAAAAUCAUUAUUUUCUCUGAUGCUCAGUUUUGUACCUUCUUCCAUGACCUUAAAUGCUCCAAUUCUUGCAGCAAAGCUCCUUUCUUCAUUUUGCUAUAUCCUUUCAUCGGAGUCCUCUCUUAAUAGUCAUGAGCAAAUCCAAUUACAAAACUCCAGACCCGAUGUAAUUCUGGAACAAAUUCUCAAGCCCUCUGCUUCUCUAAAUUCAAUACAACAGGACUUUUUGCUUUCACUAACAAACACUAAGCUCUUUCCUUUACUAAUAAAACUUCUGUACCAAGAACUCGACUUUGUGCUUUUGGCACCAAUAUUUAGUUUCCUAAGAAGUUUCGACUUUUCUGAACCUAAAGUACAUAAUCAAGACAAAACCCCAAUCGAAUUUUGUAGAGUGGUUCUCGAGCUUAUUAAUUUGUUUUCUGCAUGCCAUCCUUCAAUGCUUAUUGGAUCAACGGGGAGUUUUUCUUUUGAGAGAAUGGAUCACGUGUUGAAUCAUUGCAAAUCCAAUCUCACAAUCUGCUCUGGUAAUCAGAUAGGUGGCCCUCCUUCAUCUUCUAUUAGUAGAAUUGGACUUAUUUGUCACGCCAUAGUCGGAAUUCUCGAGAAAUCUAACUCACUAUUAGAAAGUAUAAGCAAGAAAGAUCUGGUCAUUUCCUCGAACCUGUUCAAUAUUUUAAAUCUGAUUCCGUUAUCAUUAAGCCUACUAAACCAGCUCUUUGAGAAUACGAGAUCUAAGGAUUUUUUGACUAGAGAAAUGUUUCGUCAGUCAAAAGAUAUUGCUAGCAGCCCGUCAACCACUUCAAUCUGGAAUAUUAUAAUAUCCGUUACACAGAAUCUAACUUCACUCUGGAAUAAUCUUCAAAUAGAUUCCAAUAUUCCCCAAUCCAAGUUACAGUUAUUAACUAUAAUAUCAUCAUCUAUUUCUUGUGCGUAUCAUUUAACAUCCAGGUUUAUUAGUCUAUCCACUAACAUGAGUUUUAAAAACUACGACAAGCUCCCAGUUUUCUUGAGGGAACGUAAAAUAUUUGACUUUGUUAAGUUUCUUGUUUCGGACAAAGUAAUACAUGAGAUUCUUCACUCUUCAAAAAGCUCAAAACUCAUUUUUGGCUUAUUUCUUAAGUCAAAUAAUCACUUUUCAACAAUUGAAGACAAACUUGGAAUACCGAUCGAAUACUGUAUAUUCAGUCAAAACACUUGUGAUUCCAAUCAUGACACAGACUUACCCAGAACUUACAAUUUAUACCCAGAGAAUUCCUUGGAGCAAUUUGUUAAUAAAUACUAUUAUGAAAGAUACCUUAAGUUUUCCCAUUUAGUCAUUUCAAACGAGUCAAUUCACAACCUUACAGAAUUUAAUAUAUCAAAAAUUUGCAAAUUUAGAGAUGAAAGUUCUAAAGAUCUUGGAUCUAGUUCCUUUGAUCCUAGUAAUCAAGCUUUCAAACUUCCUCCUUCUAAUAACAGUGAAACAUCUCAACUUGCUACACUUGAAAUGGUAUGGGAGUCUGGGCAGCUUUUAGCUCCAAAACAGCGUUUUUCUCCUAAUAGUUCAAGCCUUGAAAAGAAGGAUGGAUCUUUACAAGUUAGCGAUGAAGAACCAUUUAUUAAACCUUCUGUAAUCAGUUCCAGAGUUAAAGAAAGGUCAGAAACUGCAUCAUCUUUGCAAAUUUCUAGAAAGGAAGUUUCUAAUACUGACUUAAAUCGAAUAGCAGAAAUUCCUUCAUUGUUGUCCCUAAGAAACUCUUCUUUCAUUCACAAAACAAGACAGUGGGGACCUGAAUUCGAAUUAAAUGUCUCUGCAAUGCUGGUACUGUUAUCAUGCUCAACUGCAGCCUGUAUUUCUGUUCCUCACUCGAAGAUGGACAUUCAGACAUUAAUAACCUUUUCUAAAGAAAUAAUAUUUCAGAUUCGCCGAGAAAAUUCUUCCAGAAGCUUUCUGGAGUCAUUCAUGUACCUUUUAACCAGCUAUAAUGAACUUAUAUUUUAUCUAAAGACACUACUUCCAGUAGUUAUUGCAAAGUUUAGUAGCCUAGUUUCAAACUCUUUCCUUUCAGAACUAGCAGUUCUGUUUGAUACCACUAAGCUCACUAUAAUCAAUCACUGCAUUAAUCUGGCUCAGAAAGAGCAUCAAGAUUGUGAAAUAGAAAUGGCUGAUGGAAGCCCUAAAACUCCACUUCUAGAAGAUUUGGCUCUGAAGAAAAAACCUAAUUUCUUUCCAAACCUAAUGAUGACCAUAAUAUUCUCCACAUGUACCGAUCUAUUGACUUUUGAUCUUGUAUCUAAUGUCAGACUUAUCGUUGGAAGAGCAGAAAUGAUUGAGACUCAAAACUCAUUGAAAGCUCCCAAGUCUUUUGCUGGAGCAAAAAUCAGUGAAAAGAAUUGCUCAUAUACCUUGAAUCUUGCCCCUAUAGCUUCAAAUAAUUCAUCAGUUAGUCUAUCUUCUUCUUGGCAGGAUCUAAAUGGCCAGUGUUUAAGAAAUACCCAAGGUUCGAAUAAUGAAGCAUCCGAGUUCAGAGGAUGUAUUGGAAACCUGAUAAAUUAUAUGCCUGUCUCGGAAUUCUCAGAAAAAAGCCAAAGAGCCAGCGUAAAAAGGCUUUUUUCCUUACUUAUUGAGCAUUGUUGCAGGUAUAUUAUUCGAAAUUUAAAGAAUAUUUUGUUAUCCCAAGAAAAAACUAUACCAUCUCAGAUUCAGACUCAGAAUAGGAGUGAAACCUGCCAAUUAAACUUUGGCUUCAAGUACAUUUGGACAAUCCAUUCUUUUCAGAUUAUAAAGAAUUUCUUUGAAGGCCAAAAAUCACAAGAAAAUGAUAUUUGUUUGUCCUGUGAUUUAACUGCAGCAGCUUACCUCCUUCUUUUUGUACUCAAACAGUUAUCUUCUCUCUCAGAAGUGGAAGAUAACACACCCAUAAUAGAAAGCUCUACAAUAGCAUUAUUGCUGGAGUUAACUUCAUGUUCUAUGCAGUUUUAUAAGAAAAAUGGAAAGGUUAUUCACAGAAUUGCCAAUGAAAUAGGGAAUAUAGAUUUAAAUGGCACUUCACUAGACUUUUUCUCAAGCUCUUUAAUUGCUCUCCCUAUUCUUUGUCUCUGUAUUCCAGCACAAAUAAUAGAGGUUAUAUACAUCGACAAUAGGAAAAAGCUUCUUCAAGACAUUUCAUCAGAAUUUACUAUUAAUACUUCAAACUUAAAAUCCCCAAUAUUAACCAGAAUCAAAGAAUUACUCGUAUCAAACUCUCUUUUGGACGAAUUUAAUAUCGAUCUGGCAGUCAAGGUAAUACCAAUAUUAGAUUCUGUAAUUCAAUUAAACUCCGCCUGUCUUGAUAAGAAUGAGGCUCCUAGCUAUAGCUAUCAACAGGCAAUUCUCAGAAAAGACCGUAUAGAAUCUAUUGGGUACCUUAAACCUCUUAAAGUGCCAUUUCUGAGUUGGAAUGAGGCAGCUUACCAUUCAAUACUGACUUCCACAAUGUCUUGCUUAGCAGCACUUUCUUCCACUCCACAGGGGUGUAUGUUUAUCCUCAAAAGCGGGAUACUAGUGCAGAUUGCAUCAAACUUCUUUCUUAAUGGAUUCAGAUUUGCAAAUACUUCGGCUACAUCGAAGCAAUUAAAUGAGAAUUCUGGCAGAAAUCCCGAAAUAUCGUCUAUUAAAUUGCCAUCUAAUUCUUCCUUCUGGCCCUCAACCUAUCUCACAGUAGAGCUUGGAGACCAAACCAUUAGAAAUCCUAUGCAUGUUUUAUGGUGCAAACUCAUUUCCCUUUCUACAAAUGUGUUUGCUUCACUGGCAAAGUCCUCAGGAAAAGUAUAUUCAGAAGAUGAUAAUAAUUUGCAAAACAAGAGGCUCAAUACAUCUGCACAAGGAGGAACUGAAUACAGGCAAUCCAUGAAUACUUAUACAGAGAGGAUAUUGCGUGGGCAGUCGGCUCGUAGUCUUAGUACUAUUUCGAGAAAGCCUAUGAGCGCAAAAACGGAAGAAGAAACAAAUAUAUAUAAAUCAGAACUCUUUAGAGAUGAUUCUCAAGCAAAAGAGGAGGUAUUGAAGUUUAUUCAACUUGUUGAACCAAGAAUUCAACUAAUCCUUUCCGAACAACGACAAAUUUCUCAGCUUGCAACAUUAGAAGAAUUUAACCUUGGUAUUGAUUUGAUCAGAGCAACAAUUGCUUUAAACAUCUUCGAACUGAGAUACGAAUUGACAGAAAUCCUCAGAAAGUCCCUUAGGACUGUUAGAAGUUUGUCCGUAGUGUCUCUUGGGCGUGGAAUAACAGAAGCUUUUGACAUGUUUAAACCAACCUCGAGAAUAGAGAGAAUUUCAGCCGGGCAAAGCCCAGAAACCUUGAAUUUGUACCACCUAGAUAGUCUUCCUGCCCAAGUCCCCUCAAUUUUCCAUCAACGGUGUUGCGUUCUUUUGCUGAAUUCUGUUAGGAGUAUUAUUGAUACAUUUAUUUCAGAAUCAGGCUUCUCUCUUGAAUUGCGUGGAUGUAGAGAACUUCUUAUGCAACUAUUUCAUGAUACAAUGGAUUUAGGCCGUCCAAUUUUGCAACUACUAGAAGACAUUCCGAAUCACAGUUAUUCAGCAUUCAUAAUUGUAAAGUCCAAAAGUGGAGAUUCUUUUCUGCCUUUAUCUUUAAAUGUUCAAGCUCUGAACCCUUCAGAACCUUCCAUUACUGAUCUCCUCCCAGAAUAUAAGAAUGUAUCACUGAAUAAGAAUAACUUGGAAUUUAGAGGAAUAGCUAGGAUUUCAGCCAUUUCAGAGUCAUGUUGUCUACCCGAAAUAAUCACUUUCAGCUCAUUUUUACAUUUACUUAGCUCUCUUGUUGAUAUAAUUGCAAUCUGUGGAGCGAAAUGUUUGUAUACACUUGAAAGUUUAGAGGCUUCAGAUCAGCACAACGACACCAUUAGAAGAUUCCUGGAAUUCCUUCACCUUUCCCAAGGCCUCAACUCCUCUUCUCUUUUGGAGUCUUCAAAGAAACUAAUUGAAAAAGUUUAUGCAAAUCUGAAAUCCAAGCUUGGUGAUCAGAUUAAUGUGGAAGUUGUUGGACUAGUUGGAAUUAAAAAAGAUCCUAUUCAUGCGCUCUUAUUUGAAAGACUUUCAAAUACAAAUAGCAAUGUAAAUUCUGGUAUAUAA